UCUGUAGCAGUAAACUCGCUGCUGAUUCUCUUUUCCGCCUGAUGCAAUUUUAAAGCUAAUUUGGGACAACAUACAUACCCCACUCCCAUGUUACCCAGCCAGGCCGGUAUGAUUGAUUAUCUCCCUUUUCCCCGCAAAUUGCUGCCAGCAUAAUUUCUAGUCUUCUCGAUUUUCACAUCCGUCAGGAUCUCUCCUUCAUUCCGGCGAGGCAAAUGGCACUAAGAAAUGUGCUGCUUUUGCUAGCUUUGGUAAGCCUCUGCAAUGGCUUAGAAAUUGCCGAUCGUUGGAAUAUUUUGAACCCAGAAAGGAGGGCUCCGCUUCUGGGCGGCGCUAGCUUGAAGAACUACUGUGAGAGUUGGAGGAUGAAUGUGGAGCUAAACAACAUUAGGGGAUUUGAGGUUGUCCCACAAGAAUGCAUCAGCUAUAUAGGCAAGUAUAUGACGUCAACUCAAUACAAAACAGACUCCCAGAGAGCAAUUGAGCAAUGCCAUCUGCAUCUCACCAGCUGCUGCACUUUGAAGGGCGAUGGCAAAGAUGCCUGGAUCUUUGAUGUUGACGACACCUUGUUAUCCACCGUCCCAUACUUCAAGAUUCAUGGCUUUGGGUAA